AUGUUUGCUACCGUGGAGUUCAGGAAAAAAGCCAAAUCUCAACGCCGUUACAUGGCACGUUACCUGGUAAGCAGUGUCAAGCAGCUGAUGCUUGACGGACCCUCCAAACUAUCAGUAGUAAAGGCCGGCCGAUUUGGCACCAGUUUCAUCACUGCCGCCUCUCGAACUGCAAGCUCCCGAACUCCGAAUAUUACACGUGUGGCGGCGGUUAACCGAGCAGUCUCCUCUGCAGUAAUGGAGUAUAAGUACUCCAACAGUAUCGGUCGACCGCUUGCUAGCUAUCCGACGAUGACGAUGGAGUCGGUCAGCGUACGUACAGCGGACUGUAUUGAGCAAAACAUACCUGUUGCAGAACCGGAGGGCCGGGAUCCUAGCAGAUUUCUUCGACUGCUCGUCAGCCCUCCGAUGGUAACACUGGAGGCGGUGACAGUCGGUCGGGCAGCUUGCUUCCACCAGAGCCUGCCUACGGCGCAACUCCAGGGCCAAUACCCCGACAGCAUGGCUCAACUGCUCGCCAGGUAUAUUGCCAUGAUGAACUUCAUAAAUAAGGUCUACCUCCCAUCCGACGAUCACAAUGGAGGCGGUAACCGUACUUCAGGCAGAUUGUUUCAAGCAAAACUCGCCUGUUGCAGAGCUGGAGGGCCGGGAUCCUGGCAUAUUCGCUCGACUGCGCAUCAGAUAUAUUGA